UGUAACUGCAAAGCGACCGUGAUGUGAACAACAGCGUGCAGACCUGAGGACAAAUCUUCGCUGGAUGGUGUUGGGUCUUUAUUCUAACCAUGGCUUACCUGGCCCAUUCAGCCCAUCUGCAAUUCUUGGGUCUGAUAUUUGGUUUUGUAGGAUUGAUAAUCACAGCAUGCCUUUCAGGAGUGAAUGACUGGAGAAUAUGGUAUUUGGAUGAUCAAUCUAUCAUCAGCGGAGGAUUGGCCUGGGUGGGCGUAUGGAGAGCCUGUUUCAACAGUCAUAUUUUGGACUCAUCUGAAUUCUGCAAAAGCAUCAGUCUUACAGACUCCUUCACUCCUCCAGAAAUAGCAGCUGCCCAGGUACUCUGCAUGACUGCUGUUGGUGUGGGUGUGGUGGCGAACCUGGUCGCUGGAUAUGCGGUGAGAAAUGCGUACUUUGGGGUUGACAGUGGGCGUGUCAGAUUGGCCUUUGUGACGGCGGGUUCCUUAUUUUGGCUUACUGCCGCGUGUUCAUUGGUUCCUGUCCUGUGGAACAUGAGUUCUGUGCUUGCAAAUCUCACUAUAGACUUCCCCCCAGACUUCUACCUGCCCCCGGCUCCAAUUAAACAGGAAGUGGGCCCGGGGAUUGCCAUUGGGAUCUGCUCAUCUGUGUUGCUCAUUGUGAGUGGGCUAUUCUUAAUGUGCUAUAAGGAUCCUGUCAAAACCAAGACUGAUAAGAGUAUACCAAUAGAACAUUUGAAUAACAUAAAUGUCAGGGCUGAAAGUUCUCUGGAUACAAUUAAAGAGAGUCGAGAUGAGGGAGUGAUCAACCCAGCCUUUGAGAUGGAGAAGAACAUUUAAUGAUGAAGUGCAUAACUCCCUGGAAUGAUGUUGAAUAUGUUAAACGCAAAUCUUGAAGAACAUUGACUAACUCUUGUGUUUUAAGACUAUAAGGAUUUAAGUUAUGCUUAAAUAUGUAAAGUAAUUUUAGAGGUUUGAUGGAUAGUAUGCACUGUGAAUAUUUUUGUAUAAAAUGGGUAAAUAAUGAAUAAUAUAUUCAAUCUGUUGUCACAGUGUUUCCUAACCAGAGGACCAGGGCCCACUAGGGGGCCUCACUGGGAUCUAAAAUAAUUUAAAAUGUAACAAUACAAGAGUUAAAAUAAGUUUCAACAAAUAAAAUAAAAAUAUUUCUUCGAGUUUGGUUGAAUUUUGUAAGGAAUAGGCAUAUUUUAUAGUUAUGCCAUAGUAGAAUAUUUUAUUUACUGGAUAGAAAUAGUGA